AGGAGAGCGACCAUUUCACCUCUGCUCUUUCACAGUGUCGUUUUAACUGUAUCAAGUAGUGUGUCUGAUAAAGUGUCUAUAGUUCCAAGGUCCAUAGGAUCUUAAUGUAGUGUACAACAGGGAGUUCGCUGGUUGUGUCUUCAACUGUGUGAGUAGGCCAGUAGUCUACCAGUAGUAGAGCAGUAGUAAACAGGUAACCACAGAAGACACCUGGAGCUCUGGGCUGUUAGAUCUGAGGUUCGAGAAAGAGCUGCUGAACAUUUCAAGUCAAUUCUACUGGCCUGUUGCUGUAAGCUUAGACUACACUCCUCCUGAAGUCUAAUGAUUGACAGAUAUCUACAUUCUGAAAACAAACGGAAUGCCAGUGCACCAUUUGCUGCAGUCGAGUGAUCUUUAGUAUCCUUAUCUUUACAGUAGUCAGCCAACAACUUUUCCACCAUAAUGUUCUGGGUCAGGUUCUUGGUUCUGGCCCUCCUGUCUCAGGCUGGUGUGACCCAGACCUCCUCUAGUCCAACCCAUGCCUCUGCGCCCCCUAACCCCACUGAGGAGCAGCCUCCCUUGAAUACGGGAAGCCUCUCAUUCCCUUGGAGCCACCUCCGUCUUCCGGAGAACAUUGUUCCGCUCCACUACCAUCUCCUGCUCCACCCUAACCUCACCAUACUCAGCUACAUUGGUACCGUCAGGUUAGAGCUCCAGGUUCAGAACAAUACCAACUGGGUGGUGCUGCACAGCAAGGGGCUUCGUAUCACUACGGCAACUGUGCUGGACCAGAACCUUGCUCACCUGUCAGACCAGGUUCUCCCUGUUCUCCACAACCCUACCCAUGAGCAGGUUGCCAUAUUCUCUCCCAGAGUGCUCACUGGUGGGCAGAAGUACUUCCUGUUACUGGAGUUUGGGGCGGAGCUAGGAGAGGGCUUCUAUGGCUUCUACAGGAGCACCUACAGAACCAGCACCGGAGAGACGCGGACCCUGGCCUCCACUCAUUUUGAGCCAACCAGUGCGCGGAUGGCGUUUCCCUGUUUUGAUGAGCCUAGCUUCAAGGCUAACUACUCCAUCAGUAUCAGGAGAAGCCCAGCACACACCGCCCUGUCCAACAUGCCUGUAGAUCAGACAGUGGUCCUGGAUGAUGGACUAAUGGAGGAUCGUUUUGCUGUGAGUGUGAGGAUGAGCUCCUAUCUGGUGGCCUUCAUCGUGUGUGACUUCAGAUCUGUCAGCGCAACAACUGCCUCAGGGGUCAAGGUUUCUGUGUAUGCUGCUCCUGAGAAAUGGGAGCAGACCCAUUACGCUCUCAAGGCUGCAGUCAAACUAUUGGAGUUCUAUGAGAAAUACUUCAAUAUCAACUACCCACUACCUAAACAAGACCUGGUGGCUAUUCCAGGCUUUCAGUCCGGAGCAAUGGAGAACUGGGGUCUGAUCACCUUCAGAGAGACGAGCCUGCUCUACGACCCCACCACCUCCUCAGCCUCCGAUAGGCUCUGGGUUACCAAGGUGAUCGCCCAUGAGCUCGCCCACCAGUGGUUUGGGAACCUGGUGACCAUGAAGUGGUGGAAUGACAUCUGGCUGAACGAGGGCUUCGCCACGUACAUGGAGUACAUCUCAGUGGACACCACAUACCCCAAACUCAGAGUGGAGGACUAUCUUCUGGACACCUGCUUCGUUGCGAUUGGUCGAGACUCUCUAAACUCCUCCCGCCCCAUCUCCAGUGUAGCUGAAAGCCCUACACAGAUUAAAGAGAUGUUCGACACAGUAUCCUACAAUAAGGGGGCAUGUGUCCUGCACAUGCUAAGACACUACCUGACUGACCAAGUGUUCCAGAUUGGAAUCAUGCGUUACCUUCGCAGGUACAGCUACAGCAACGCUCGCAACCAGGACCUGUGGGACAGCCUGGCCAACACAUGUUCAGAAGAGGAGUUCACUUCUGGAGGACACUGCUACAGCAACAGCCAGUCAGCUAAGAACGCAUACCUGUAUGCUGGGGAGCACUUGGACCUGACGACCAUGAUGAACACCUGGACGCUGCAGACAGGUGUGCCUUUGGUAACGGUUGCUAGACAGGGGUCUCGUCUGGUGCUGAAACAGGAGAGGUUCCUGAGGACCACACAUCCGUCUGAUCCAGCAUGGCCCAGCCUGCAGCAGGGGUACCUGUGGCACAUCCCUCUGACAUACAGGACUGACACCUCAACUAGCAUUCACAGACACCUCAUGACUACACUCACAGACAGUGUGGAGGUGGGGGAGGAGGUGGGCUGGGUGAAGGUGAAUGUGGACAUGGCUGGUUAUUACCUGGUCCACUAUGAUGGUCCAGGCUGGGACGACUUGAUACAACUACUGAAGGACAACCACACAGCUCUCAGCUUCAUGGACAGAACACACCUCAUACACAACGCCUUCCAACUCACCACAGCAGGUCGGCUGUCACUCGAUAAAGCCUUGGACCUCAUUGGUUACCUGCGAUCAGAGAGCCACACUGUGCCCCUCCUCCAAGGGUUGGCCUACCUGGAAGCCUUCUACAGGAUGGUGGAGAGGAUGGACAUACCUGACGUCACACAAAACCUCAGUACGUACAUCCUGUGGUAUUUCCGUGGUGUGAUUGACCGUCAGACGUGGAGCGACAAGGGCUCUGUGUCUGAGAGGCGGCUGAGGUCGGAGCUCCUCUCUCUGGCCUGCCAUCUAGGAGACCUCCCCUGUCUGGAGCAGGCCCAGCGCAGCUUCACACACUGGCUGGACUCCAACAGCACACUCAGAGGUACACCAUGUCCUGUCUGUGCCUCUCCCUCCACCAGCCUGCCUGCAGAUGUGACAGAGACAGUGUAUUCAGUAGGGGCCCAGGAGGACAGUGGCUGGGCGUCUCUCCUCCACAUAUACACUCUCUCCCUCUCAGAGACACACAAACACAAGAUCCUCUCUGCCCUGGCCAGCAGCAGAGACACAAACAAACUACACAGGUUGUUGGAGCUGGGUCUAGAGGGGGAGGUGAUCCGUACCCAGGACCUGGACUCCCUCAUAGUCAUGGUAGCCAGGAACCCCAGGGGACAUCAUCUGGCCUGGAGCUACGUCCAGAAAUACUGGAGCACCCUGGUGGACAAGUUCCAGUUGGGAUCGUUCUCUAUUAGAAACAUCAUCAUCGGCACCACAGGCCAGUUCUUCUCAACAGAGGAACUCACUGAGGUGCGUGUAUUCUUUGAAUCGAUCCAUGAGCAGGCGUCUCAGCUGAGAGUCACUCAGGUUGCCAUGGACAACAUCCAGAAGAACAUCCUCUGGUUGCAAAGAAACCUGGGAACUCUGAGGAGCUGGCUGGACCAACAGAUAGACUGAAGAGAGAAAGGGGGAGGGGGGAGAGGGGUGGGGAGAGAGAGAGCAAUAGAAAAUGAGCUUGGAGUUUUUUAAAGCUUAAUUAGAGCUUUGGUUUUUAAUUAUUAAUAUUUGUGGGAUAAUUGAGUGUAUGGUCAUGUUUUUCAGUUUACAUUGGGGAUUUGGAAAUGUUUUUGUUGAAUUUGGUUAAAGAUGUUUGAUAAUAAAAUGUUGUGAAAGUA